UACUUGGCGAAGAGCCUAGGUUUGGAUUCAGUGGGGUUUGGCUACCUGCAGACAACCUUUGGUGUCCUCCAGCUUGUGGGAGGUCCCAUUUUUGGAAGGUUUGCGGAUCAGUUUGGCACCCGAGCUGCCUUAAUUCUCUCCUGUGCGUCUGGAAGUGCCUUCUUCCUGGUCAUGUCCAUCUCCACCAGCAUCCCCCUCCUCUUCCUCUCCAGGCUGCCAGCAGUGUUCAUGCACGGGCUACCAGGUGCUCAGAAGCUUAUUACAGACCUGACGACUCCUUCCCAACGCGCUGACGCUUUGGGGAAGCUGGGUCUUUGCUUUGGAAUAGGCAUCAUCAUUGGCUCUGCCCUGGGAGGUGUCCUCUCCACCGCAUUUGGCGUUUUUGUUCCUAUGUAUGUCGGGCUGGUGGGAAAUCUCAUAAAUACCAUGAUAGCAAUGGUUUGGAUCCCUUUGCAGGCUAAACCAAAGUCAGACCAUCGUGUGACGGAGCACAGCACAUCGCCGUCUGGCAGCGUGUUUAGCUUCAGAGAAAUCCUAUGCCUGAUGAAGUUUCCGGGAGUAAUGGAAAUUUUCAUAGUCAAGGUCUUUGCUGGACUUCCCGUAGGUUUCUUCCUGAUAAUGUUUUCCAUCAUCUCUAUGGAUUUCUUUGGCUUGGAAGCAGUGGAGUCUGGAUACCUGAUGUCAUAUUUUGGUGUCCUUCAAAUGGUUGUCCAGGGCCUGGUUGUUGGAAAACUCACUAACCACUGCUCGGAGAGGACCCUGCUCAGGCUCAGCGUCUUUGUCUUCGCCGGCGUGGGCCUAGGCAUGGCCCUGAUGAGGACCGUGUGGCACUACUGCAUCAUUGCGGUGCCGCUGGUGUUCGCCUUCAGCAUGCUGGGCACCAUCACCGACAGCAUCCUCACCAAGGCCGUCCCCUCCUCCGACACCG